ACAGCCAAUCAGCGCCGCCGGGAUGUUGACGUAAUGGAACUACCAUGGCGGCAGACAAGCUUCCAGUACUUGCUGGGUGAAAGGGGGUCAAACUGGCGAUCGUAGUCGACCUGGCGCGCCCACCGGGGCUUGCUCAGUCCUAGCAGGCGGUUGGAAGGGACAGCAACACCGAUAAGAAGUUACAAAGUGCUGGGUCUUGGAGAGAGCUCGACCGGAGGGGUUUUGUGUCACGGGAUGUGACGGAUCGUGGCAUGGCAGCACAUGGGAGUCCUACCGGGGGAAACGCCAAGCUCGACGCCUUCCUGCGGCGUAGCUUCGACCCGCGGCAGUAUGACAGGGUGCUGGCCACACACAAGUGUAUCGUGGAGAAGAACUUCAGUUUUGUCAUCCUGACGGACGACUGUGUGUACCUGACGGAGAACCCUCCACGUGUCAUCCAGCCAGCGGUUCAGCUGAAGGAUAUCGUGUCCAUCAGACUGAUCAAUGACUUUCCUGACUUCCUCGGAGGAGAUCAACAGGCGGAGACUCAGCACAUCUGUAUCCGUCAUGGUGUACAACCGUCCACGCCGUCCUUACCACCCAGUCCGUCCACACCGCUGCGGAGCCCGCACCAGCUCUCCGUCCCAGACCCCUUCGAGUUGUCGGAGAACUCGCCCUCCUCGAAAAAUGAGAAGAAAGCACGCAGGACCUCGUCCAAACUCAGCGUCAGCUUCAAUGAAGCAUCCUUGCAAGCGGCAAAACGGGAGUCAGAGAGGGGUGUCCCGAAGAAGGCCAAACUGUCUCAUUCCCUCCCAACGUCUCAGCUCAGGAAUUUAACUCUAGAGAAGGAGGAAAUCGAGCAGAAGCAGCAGAGGGUGGGUUCUGCCGGGCGGGAGUCACGCCCGCUUCCCAACCCUCCCCCGAGUCCCAACAGCACCAAAAAUAGCAAUAAUUCAAAAAGACCUUUACCCCUGCCCCUCGGGCUUGACAAGGGAGACCACAGACAAUCCUCGUCUUUAAGAGCCCCAGGUCGGAGAGGCAGCUCGGCAAAAGACUUGGAAGCAGCGUCUGCGUCCAAAACGGGAUCUUUGCGUUCCCUGGGGUCGGACUCUUCUGAUGGUUCUGAGGACUGGGACUCCUGGGAUGGAGAACUUCACCUGUACAUGUUGUCUGCUGAGUCCCCUAUGCUGAUGCAGCUCAGAUCAGCUUGGAAUGCACAUCUCAUUCAUGCCACCAACAACCUGACUGAAGACAGCCCCCAGAGUACAUCCACAGCAGCUGGUACUGGCAGCAAGCAGCUGGAGCUCCUGUUUCAGCAGCUGAAGCGAGAGCUGCUGGGGGAUGACAGUGGGAUAGAGCUGGUGUUCAGUCUGUUACAGGAGCUCAACACCGCUGCACAGAGAUACUUCACGCUCAAGAAACUUUUCUGGAAGUCAGGGGACUUGUUCCAGUUCCUGAUUAAGCAACUGCAGAAACACCUACCUGGCACCACACCUGUGGCACAUGGGCAGAGGAACAACAGGGCCGAUGAGUUAGAGUUGUCCAUUCAGGUUGCAGAGACCCUAUGCACCAUGUUCAGGGGUACAACCGUGCUGCCUUCACGAGUCAUCGUCCUCAAUGCAACCAGGGGAAAACAUGUGCGUAACCUGUUGGAGAUGCUGGUGUGCAGUCCCGGGGGGAUUCGAGCACGCAGCCCUCGUACCCAGGCACUCAGGACUUCCCUCAACAUACAACAUCCAGAGGACCCAGAGGUCCAGAGUCUGAUUCGACACUACUCUGAAGUAGCCACAUCCGUCCUGUUUGAGAUCAUUCUCAUUGCUCACGAGGCUGGAUCUGGAGAUAGUGACAGUAAUGUGUUGACCUUGACCUGGGUCCUGCUGGUGCUGGAGAACAUGCAGCAAUCUGUGAGCUUCAUCAAUUCAUUAGUUGCCAGUGCAAUGAGGCUCCUGUCUCCGUCCACCCCCCUCCCACUCUCCCCCUCCCAGGCGAUCCUGGUCUUCCAGCAGUUCUACCUGCUCAGCACCUUCAUCCAGUACGGCUCCAGUCUUGCCAACCAUAUCAGGGACAACUUCACCGAGGAGUUCAGGUACUUCAUCACUUGGCCGGUGGUUCAGGAAAAGUUGCCCAUGUAUUACCCCAUCAGCAGACCUGCGCAAAAGCUGAUACGGCAGGUCACCAUAUUUGUACAGCAGAAACAUCGUUAGGGGCUUACUGAUGACAUUGAUGGCACUAUAUAGCCCUGCCAAUCCUCUAGUCAUACCUUAUACCCUCCUCUAAGAAUGAUAUGUUCCAUUUUGGCUCCAAGUGUCCUACAUUAGCUCAGAGGAGCACACCAUUCCAAGGAGUCUGUUUUCUCAAAUUCUCAAAGAAGGGUUGUGGACUGUUGACACAAAGUGUCAAAAAGACAAUGCCAUCCACCCCUUCAUGACACUGUGUUGCCAUCCAAACACCUGUGAUGUUGCAGAACUUCAGAUCAAACCAUUCAAGAAAAGGGGUUGCUACAGGAGCUCAAGGCAAGCAAAGUAACUAGCAAACCUAGCAAAGUUUUAUGCAUACAUUAAAAUGGAGCAAUGUAACAAAAGCAAAGCACUCAUCAUACCUUCAACAAAGUUAAUGUGUUGUACAGAGUAACAUUGUAGAACACUCCUGUAUGUUAAAGAGGGAGUUGGUUUUUAUAUGGUUUUGAUUGUUGCAAUAAUAGUAUCAGUUCAAGUGUUUAAGGGUGGCAUAUCCAUAUAGCCUUCUUUCAUCUUGGAGAACUUUUCAAAACUCUUAUUCCAGUGCUUAGAUGACCAAGAGUACUAUGCAUACAGACAAAUUGCAAUACUGACAAAAACAUCUAUUAGUUACAGUAAUUUGAGAAGCAAUAGAUUUGAACCAACAUUCCAUUUGAGCAAAUUUAAACAUACAGUUAGAUGUAAUUGUAGUAGAAACAAGAAUUAUAGUUGAAGCAAAUUUAAUAGGCACUUUCUGAACUUUUAAUUUAACUACAUAAAUUCAGUUUUAAAAGGCAGUACAAAUAACAUUUAGUUGGAAAAUGGAAGUAAAAUUUCAUCUUAUUUUGUUAACUGUUGAUUUUAAACAUACAUACCUCAAUUUUGGCAGAUGUAUCAACAUGAGACAACUGUUCUGCUCUUCCUACAUAUCUUUUGUCAAUGUUACUACAGGUAACAUUAUGUAUUCUUGAAUGUAUAAUCAUGUCUUUUCACCUCUUCAGGCUUCCAUCAUCUGCUCAAAAUAUGGUCAUGUUGCCUGUUCUUUGGAUCAAACUUUGUCAAUAUUUGACUGUUGCAUUUCCAUCUAUGCUUCUCUACAUUUGUACAUCCAAUGAUUUCUUUUAGUUCAAUACCGGUUACAGUUUUCAUGUUCUUCCAUCAACUGUAACCAUUGCGUUGACCAAGUGCUUUCUUAUUCAGAAAACCUGCAAAACAAACUACAUGUUCAAUCUUUUGCCUAACCAUGGUAACUUUUACUGUCAGUUGGCACAGAUGAUAUUUCCAUAGAUUUAUUAAGCAAAGGACAGUAGAAAUCAAAGUAAAGGUAAAACACAAGAUUUUUGGCUAGCAUGCGGUCCCAUUCAAUAAGGAGGCAUUAAUUUAACAUGCAUCAAAAUAUUUAAUUGUUUCAUAUGUGUCUGUUCAAUACAAAGAUCUACAGGAUAUACAGGAACUGUUGCCAAAAUGUGACAUUUAAGACAUGUCUCCAAAGCCUGCCAUUUGCCUUUACCAACUUCUCAAUUGUAGUAAUUUCUCUGAACCUUGGGAGACACUGGCCUGAGGUCUUCUUUCUUUGUUGCUAUGCCAAAGUAGGGGGUUUAUUUAGCCCACUGAUGAGUGAUAUGGUAAAGAUGCUGUAGAUGUUAUCAACAAAUUUGAUAGUUAACUACAACCAGACUGUCCAGAUCUUACUCAGCUGUCUUCCCAAAAUACAUAUUCAGUACAUGAGCAUGAGUGCUUUGCUGCUUAACAGAUUGCCAUAUAUAUUCAUGACAGUUGUCAGUCAUUCCAUCAGUUUUGUUUUUGUUUUUAAGGUUUCAUGUUUUUAUGACACAAUAAUAGGAAUUUGCAUCAAUGUAUUGACAUUUUGAAGGCAAGUAUCAUAUUUAUGUUACAUCAUGUUGUCUCUUGGAA